AUGUUACGGGGGAAUGACAAAAAAGCAAGCAAUGUGCUUGAAGGCUCCCUGGAGCAAGAGAAAAAACUUCGUAUGGAUCUCGAGAGAGCUAAGAGGAAGCUGGAAGGGGAUUUAAAGAUGUCUCAAGAAUCUGUCAUGGAUCUGGAAAAUGACAAGCAGCAAAUGGAUGACAAAUUAAAGAAGAAAGAGUUUGAAAUCAGUCAGCUACAAGGAAAAAUUGAGGAUGAACAAGCUCAAAGCUCUCAACUACAGAAAAAGAUCAAGGAGUUACAGGCCCGCAUGGAAGAACUGGAGGAAGAGAUUGAGGCUGAGCGGGCAUCUCGGGCCAAAGCAGAGAAGCAACGGGCUGAUCUCUCCAGGGAACUUGAAGAGAUCAGUGAGCGCCUGGAAGAGGCUGGUGGGGCAACAGCAGCCCAGAUUGAGAUGAACAAGAAACGUGAGGCAGAAUUCCAGAAAAUGCGUCGGGACCUUGAAGAGGCCACCCUUCAUCAUGAAGCCACAACAGCUGCUCUGCGCAAGAAACAUGCAGAUAGUGCAGCUGAACUUGGAGAACAAAUUGAUAACCUUCAGCGUAUCAAGCAGAAGCUGGAGAAGGAAAAAAGUGAGCUGAAAAUGGAAAUUGAUGAUCUUGCUAGCAAUAUGGAGUCUGUCUCCAAGGCCAAGGUAGAGAGUUGA